ACUUUUGAAAACAAAACUUGAGUUUGGGACGCUAAAGUUAGUUUUUGCUUUUGGAACCGCCACUGAAGUCUAACCAAGGCCACCAUGUCGCUGGCUGACUCGCUGGAGCUGCCGGAAAGCCUCCUGUCACGCCUUGAAACGCCCAUGGACGCCCUGUGCCGCGUUUGCCACAUUUCAUCGCCGCGCUGCUUGCCCCUCUUCAAGCCGCUCAACAACCUGAUAUCCGGAAAACUAACGACUCUGGCCAGCAUCUUGAGCUACUGCAGCGGCCUGGAGAUCCUGGAGACUGAGCUCUUCCUGCCCCAUCACAUCUGCCCGGAGUGUGUGACCAAGCUGCGCCUCUCGCUGGAAUUCAAGCGGAGUGUCCAUCGCAUGGACAGGAUUCUCAGGCAAAGCCAUGCGGACUUUUGCCGCACCAAAAGGAUCAAUGAGCUGGCUAUUACCGCCAGGAAGUCGCCUGAAUACACCGAAGACCUCGUCUUUGUGAUCGAUGACCAGGAGGUGGCAGAGGAGCCUGAAGAAUCCAUGGCAAGUGCGGAGGAACACCUGGUUAUCGAAGUAGAUCAGGGGGAAAGCCGGGAGAAAGAGCCAAGGCUGCAGGCGGAGAGGCUGGAAGUGCAACUGGAAGGCCAGGGAGAGCUAUCAGAGACGGCAGACCAAGGAGAACGGCUUCACUUGGAGGCCAAAGCUAGUGAAGAUCUGUACGAGAUUGUCGACGAGCCGGAGCAAACCCCAGACAUCUUGGUCAGCAAAGGCAAGCCUGGAAAGACCCCCAAUUCGUCGCCUCAGUGUGUGAUCCGCAAAAGAACCUUUCAGUACCACAUAGCACUCGAUGACCCACCAAAAAAGCCUCCCAAAACUAAAGAAUCUCUCCGUAUUGAGCCCCAUUCUCAGGCCAAAGCGGGUAAAGAUCUCUACGAGACUGUGGACGAAACAGAGCAGCGAGAAGUGGAGGGCCAAAAGCCUUUGGCCAGCCGAAGCCGACAAUGGAAGCCACAAAAUCCCUCAUUGCAGUGUCAGAUCUGCGGCAAGCAGCUGAGCACCAGCAACUCGUUCAAGUACCACAUGCAGCUCCAUGGCACGGCCACGCCGUACGUUUGCAAGAUCUGCGGCGAGUCCUUCAAGACGCGCAAUGCCCACGACGGCCAUGUAACGCUGCACGACCUGAACAACCCGAACAGGUGUCCCACCUGCUUCAAGGUUUACCGGCAGGCCUCGUCGCUGCGCACACACCUCCUCAUCCACACGGGCAUCAAGCCGUUCGAGUGCAACAUCUGCGGCAAGAGGCUGACCCAAAAGUCGGGCUACAAGAAGCACAUGCUGACCCACACGGGCGAGAAGCCGCACGGCUGUGAUGUCUGCGGGCGCAGUUUCCGGUACUCGAGCAACCUGAUUGCGCACAAGCGGUGUCACAGCCAGGAGAAGCCGCACCAUUGCCAGGUGUGCCAGAAGCGCAGCUUUGGCAGCCGAUCCGAGCUCAAUCGCCACAUGCUCGUGCACAGCAGUGAGCGACCGUUUGGCUGCGAGGAGUGCGGCAAGACCUUCAAGCGACAGGUCUCGCUCAGCAUCCACCAGCAGUCCCAUAAGGAGGGCAGGCGGCGGAGGAAGCUGGACCCAAAAACGGAGAAGCUGCGCGAGGAGGCCUGAUCACAAGCCUGGAAUAGACCCCUUGAAUCUCUUGAUGUACUAACGAUAUUUAUUUAGUACUCAAUCUUUUCUAACCCCAAAUAAUACCUUACGUUUAGUCAAAAGGCGAAAAAGUAUAGUCUUCUACAAAAAGAAAUUGUUUAAGUAGUUAGAAACUAAAAAAUUAAACAUUCCGAUCACUAAAACUUGGUGAAAAUGGGAGCACCCAGAAACGACAAGUUAAAAAACUGAAAACUUAUCUAAAAACCUGAAUUAUUUGUUGUUUAUUUAUUACCUGUAAGGGAAGAUAAAGUUCCCUAGAAAAAACCAAA